GAUUACUGCGACUCGCAUCGCCACAGCGCCACCUGGCGUCUCGUUGCGGCAGCGCUCCCAGCUAUCGACGGAAGUAGCCGGUGUGUCUAUGACACGUCACUGAGGUCAGACGGGAGGAAAGAUGGCGAGCACCUACGAGAUUUUCAACUUGCGCACCACACCAGAGAAGUUCUACGUCGAGGCUCUUGAUGAGGGAUCCGAGGAUGUGCUGGCCAUCGACAGGGUGUCGACCGAGACAACUCUCACAGUGAGGAGGGACAUCCCUGCGUCUGCGGAGACCCGGCCGAUAUGCGGCCUCAUGGGGACCAUCCGCCUGGUGGCAGGCAUGUACCUGGUCGUCAUCACAAAGAAGAAGAAGGUGGGGGACCUGCUGGGCCACACUGUGUGGAAGGCCGUGGACUUUGACAUUGUCUCCUACAAGAAGACGAUACUGCACCUGACGGACACCCAGAUGCAGGACAACAAGGCUUUCCUGUCCAUGAUCAAUAACGUGCUUCACACUGAAGGCUUCUACUUUGCAACGGACUACGACCUGACCCACACCCUGCAGCGCCUGGCCAACACCAGCCCCGAGUUCCAUGAGAUGAGCCUCCUGGAGAGGGCAGAUCAGCGCUUUGUGUGGAACGGCCACCUGCUGAGGGAAUUUAUCGCACAGCCGGAGUUACACAAGUUUGUGUUUCCUGUCGUCCAUGGCUUCAUCACUAUGAAGUCGGGCUGCAUCAGCGGAAAGGUCUUUGAUUGGAUCAUUAUCUCCAGGAGGAGCUGCUUCAGAGCCGGAGUGCGCUACUAUGUCCGAGGCAUCGACUCAGAAGGCCAUCCUGCUAACUAUGUGGAAACGGAGCAGAUCGUGCAGUACAACAGCGCCAAGGCCUCGUUUGUUCAGACGAGAGGCUCCAUCCCCUUCUACUGGUCCCAACGGCCCAAUCUCAAGUACAAGCCCAAACCACAGAUCAGCAAAACAGUGAACCACUUGGACGGAUUUCAGAGACACUUUGACUCUCAGAUUAUCCUGUACGGAAGACAAGUCAUUUUGAACCUGAUCAACCAAAAGGGCUCAGAACAGCCACUGGAGCUGGCCUUCGACAAGUUGGUGACCAACCUGGGAAACGGCAUGAUCAAAUACAUAGCCUUUGACUUCCACAAAGAGUGCAGCCGGAUGAGGUGGCACCGCCUUCAGAUCUUAGUGGAUAUGGUCGCUGAAAUGCAGGACGAAUUUGGAUAUUUCCUGGUGGACGCAGAUGGGAAGGUGAUGUUGACCCAGGAGGGAACGUUUAGGAGCAACUGCAUGGACUGUCUGGACCGCACCAACGUCAUCCAGAGCAUGCUGGCCCAGCGCUCGCUGCAGUCCCAGCUACGGAGAAUGGGAGUCCUUCACGCGGGGCAGCAGAUCGAGGAGCAGGCGGACUUUGGCAAGAUGUUCAAAAACGCCUGGGCAGACAACGCCGACGCCUGUGCCAAGCAGUAUGCCGGCACCGGCGCCUUGAAGACCGACUUCACCAGGACAGGGAAGCGGACUCAGUGGGGACUGCUGAUGGACGGCUGGAACUCCAUGAUCCGAUAUUAUAAAAACAACUUCUCUGAUGGUUUUAGACAGGACUCCAUUGAUCUGUUCCUGGGGAACUAUGCUGUGGACGAGUCUGAUUGGUCCACCCCAAUGCGUGACAACAAAGACUGGAAGUUCCUGACGCUGCCCAUUGUGAUGGUGGUUGCAUUCUCCAUGUGUAUCAUCUGCCUGCUAAUGGCCGGCGAGACGUGGACUGAGACGCUGGCCUAUGUUUUGUUCUGGGGAACAGCCAGCGUGGUGACGGGCGGCCUGAUCCUCUUUAACGGACUGGACUUCGUAGACGCCCCCAAGCUGGUCCAGAAGGAGAAGCUGGACUGAAUGUGUGCGUGUGGAAAGCAGCUUGGCCCCGGCGACCUCACCGCCUCAUCUUCUGGCUCUUCGGCACUUUACCCCCAGCAACAGCACCCGCAGGCCUGGAGCCUUUACUGACGGACGGGGUGGAGUGGAGUGGAGGAUGGCGGUGGGAAGCGGGGGCUGGGCCUCGUGCGCGACAACGGCGGUAAAGACAGGGACUGGGAGUGCACGGGGCCGGCUGCUGUCCACACUGCAGCUACUGUCAUGUGGACAGGACUGUCUGUCUGCUGUUUUACUGGACACUAAACCUCUGGAUGUGUUUGUUUUCAUGAUUUCAGAGUUAGGCAGUGGGACCUAUACUUCCCAUUGAAUUCUCUUAAUGGCUGUAUUGGGAUCAGUUGUUUUGCCUUUUUUCUUUUCUUGUUGCCAAUAUAUGUUCAUCCAUGCAGAGAUGCGUUGUCUUGGGUUAGACGCUGCCUGCUUCAAUUAUUCAUGACCAGCAACAAGUGGAUGAGCCUGUUCUCAAGGCUCCAUGUAAUCGGCCUUCUUGUUUCGUUACACAGCCAGUGUAUGAACAGAAGUCCUCAGUAUCCAAAGUCCGUUGGAGAUUUGUUGAAUGGUGCACUUUUUUCACUUAGCAUACUUGUUCAGCACUACAUGUUGACCACCAUGUGUCGGAGUAAAUCAUUACAACCAACCGUGAUCCUGGGCUUGGACCCAACACCCAUUUAUUUACCAUAAGACAUUUGUGGCCCGAGAAGAGGAUUCUGUGCAGUCCAUCUACAUAAUUCUUGCUCUCGAAUGAGUCAUUAGGGUCAUAAAGAAAGAAUAGACAGAACCUAUUGUUAACAUUGUAACUCUUUUAAAGGGCUGAAUUUGCAGGUUGGUGUAUUGGAGCACUAUCUGCAGGCCAGCCACAGUGUUUAGCUAUUGUGUUGAGUUCAUUCUUCAUAAUAACAUAGUUGGUAAGUGCAUUCAUUUUCUCCAUUGUUGCACUUUCCUUAAAGCUAGGGUUGGUAAUGUGGUAAAACUAGUAACGAGUACGCUACAAAACAGCCCAGAGGACCAAUUCUUUUAUUUUUCCAAAAUUUAGCUAGAAAGUUGAGUGACCCUCUAAAGCAUGUUCACUAAGAAUGUAAAAAACAAACAUGGCUGUUGGUAUCCAAACUGUCCCGCUAGCAGCUUGUGGGCGACGGGUGAUGUGCGUGGAGUGGACAGGUCUACGGCCAGUCUGAUCACUGAGCACGAAAAGCAACAACUUUAAUUAAUAUGAUCAAAACGUUUUGUCAGAAGAUUUGCCAACCCUAGCUUUAGUGAUAUCUGGAUAAUAUAUGGUGUUAAAGUACAGGUGUCAGCUUUGACCAUCAGUUACUAUCACAAUCUAAUUCUAAAUAACUGUUUUCAUUUGGGACGGAGUUGCAUGGAUAUACAGAUUUUGCCUGUUAUGUUCUCUGUGACAUUCCUGAGUAUAUGGUAAAUGUUAACAAUAUUGAAUGUUCUGUUGGGUGUAACAGAGGCAGAGAGCUGUUAUCUCCCUGAUCCAUGACAGGCAUUUAUUCAGUUCUAAGAGGAUGUUCAACUUAAUGACUAUCACUCAAAUGAUUUAUUAACUUUGACUCUGUAAAGUUAGAUUUAUGCUUCUUGAUCAAUGGGUCUCGUGUAAGUGAUUUAUGAGAAUCUGUGGCAUUCACCAAUUUAUUCGUAUUAAGAUUUUUUUUCUAAAUAGUACGUGGUCCAGAUCUGUAGCGCGAGUCAUGAACCUUUUUGAUUCAAAAAUUGUUAUGCCUUAAUCUGAAUGAAUUUACAGUUUAAAUGAUACGGAAACUAGAUCAAAUAAAAUAUUUGAGACAAACUUAA